GACACCAGAGACUUAUAUUAUAUCAUGUGAAAGGGGCAUUAUAGGUCCCCUUUAAAUAUUUUGAGUCAGUUUUUAAAAAUAAUUAAACAUGCACAGAUGAAUUGUUCACAAUAAGAUCUAUAACAUGCAUAAAUAGGGUGCAUUUUAAUGUUUAUGCCAGCUUGAAUGUAUGCAUGAAGCCUUGUUAUUUAGAAAAAAAAUAUGUUUUGCUUUUUUGGUGGUUUACAAAUCCUUUUGCUUUUCAACUAAUGUAAAUGUGUGCCACUUUAAUUAAUAUAUGGAGAUGUAAUUAGUGCUUGUUUGUGACAAAAGCUUGAAGACCAAGAAGAACGUAACAUUUGAUUUCAUACUCCAUUGUAUGAAAAGGAAACUGUGACAGAAGAUUUGGAGCUGCGUCCUCUGCUGAUAAGAUGCUCCAUUUGUUUCUGCUUACAUGAGAAUCCACACAAUCUGGAAGAACAGACUGAAGUGUUUGAACAAUGAAAACUUACAAACGCCAGAAGAGAACUAGAUUUUUGGCCUUUUGUGAAGGAAAAGUAUGUGUUGCUUCUGUAAAAGUCACUUUCAGAAUGGUGUGGCUAUAUUAAUUGUUUUAAUGGUUUAUUGCUUUUCUAAGUGCAUUGUUUUUUGGUUGUUACAGUGUGUUGGGUGGUUGCUAGCUGAUAUUCUGGUCUCUAGAUAUGUCCCUCCUUUAAUGUAAUUCCAUGAGAUUUUUUUGUGUGUCCAGUUACAUAACAAAGUUUAAUACUUCAGGCUUAGGAGUUUGUUCAAAUUCUGCACCCUAGAUUUCAGGAUUCAGGACAGCGAUGCUGACUUUGCAGGACUCAGGAGGAGCUUGCUGCGAAUUCUCCUUUCUUCUACGAACCUGUAGGUUUCUGGCAUCUCAAGGACGGCGGGACACAGGCGGUCUUUUGUAUGCAGGUGUAAUGAGAGUCUCCCACACCCUGUUUCGCUAUCCAUCUCUUGCUUUGAGUUUGUGACUGGAAAGCUAAGCAGAGAUUCACCUCAAAGGACAAUUAAAUUUCCCUGUAGAUGGGUUCCAUUAGAGAGGUUCCUCUCAUCCGAGGGCUCGCUGGCUGGCUGGGUAACCAGACGGGAACGUAUGCAAACUGUUUUUUUUUUCCCCCUCCGUCCCCAUUCAGACUUUCUCUCUCACUCUUUCUUGUUUUGCCAAGAGGUUCAAUGUGCCAUCUCCCAAAAGCAAUUGAGGAGCAAUACUGCCCAUCACUAGCCGUUAGGAAAGCGUCAAGAAGAUAUAACAGUAUUCUAUCUUCCCUCAGGGCACCAGAGUUUUAUUAAAAUUUAGGUUAAAAGUCUGGUCACUUCAGAGAUGGCUGGAAACUCAAUUCAAAUCAAAUUGUCCUAAGGGGAUUCGAUUACAAAAAAGGAUAAAAAUAAAAAAAAUGCCAUGGCAUUACCAUCCUCCACCCUGAAAAUGGUUCAUUGGUGCUACUUUUUUUUUUUUUUUAAUGUUCCAUAAAAUUAGCAUAGUUGUUUCAACAUGGUAAUAACAUGUUGUUAUUGUUUUUAAUGAAAAUACCAUGGUCCAAAAUGUGUUAUUUGCUAGUGUAGACAGCAUUUUUUGGGAAACAGGCAUGUUUAGACUUUUGAAUCACACAUUCUGAAAGUGUUUGUUUGCUUUUCCUUACAAAGAAGUACUGUAGCAGUACCAUGGUAUGGUAAUUUAUUAUGCUUCUGAAAGAUUUUUUACCAUGCCAUUCCAUUGUGUUUGUUUAGUUUAAUAGUUUACACAGCAUUUUUGGGCAGCUUGCGCACACAUUCGAGCUUGUGAUGCCAAAAAUAGCUGUCUAGAUAGGCAGUUCACUAGAUUUUGAGACAGAACCAAAGUGGUUUCUGAUCCAUCACCAAAAUCUGAUUUAUUAAUUUAAAAUUCCCCACACAAAAAAGUGCUUUAAUAUAGUUUUGAUAUAGUGGAUAGUUAUUUUCAUGUACUACAUAAUUUAAUAUUUUUGGCUUUUUUGGUUUGUUAUUGUAGCACUUUCAAGCAUCAUAUGUCCGAUAAGAGUUUAAAUCUAACAUUUGGUGCCCAAAAAUGCUAUUUAUGUGUGCAGCUCACUAGAUUUAGAGACAAAACCAUUGUAGUUUGUGAUUUAGCAGCAAAACAAUGCAUAAUUAUUAUGAAAUAAAAUACAGUGGUGCUUUUGUACAGUGAAUAAUUACCAUUUUCAUAUACUGCCACGAUACUGGUAGCUUAAAGAAUAUUUUUGCUACUUUUUUGUUAGUGAAGCAGCAUUUUUGAGCAUCAUAAAGAUGCUUUUAGGCGAUCAAAUCGAACAUUAGAUGGCCAAACAUGCUAUUUUGUGUAGGCAGCUCAUGUUUUGAGAUAAAGGCAUGUCUAGGGCUUUCAGCAGAUUCAUAACUCAUUUAUUGCUAUAAGGUGCUGGGAAAUACUCGAGUAUUUUGCUAUUUUUACUGCGCAACAUCGACGUUUACCACAGCUCAACCGGAUUUUAAAAGCCGUGGGCGUUUGGAAAACUGGAUGUUUGAAAAUCGUUUCCCCACAUCAAUAGAUUAAACGUCCCCAAAGGUUUCAGAUCCAUAUCUGACACCACAUCUCAUAAAUAUUGAAUGGCUUCUGUAAUAUUAAAAAUUGAUGUUUUCAAUUUAAGUUUUCAAAGCGGAGUCGGAGUGUCCGCGCUGAGGGAGGACGAGAGGAGGUCCAGUCAGACUCUACCUACCUGCCGAUCAAACGCGCGCAUCUCUCGCGGUCGUGCGCGCUCUCCUCAGGUGCGCGAGGGGGUCAGAUUCAACCGGACCGAUGAUGUUCGCUCCAUCCAAAUUGUAAGGAAAGCCACAUUUCUGCGACAGUUUGGUGGGUUAUAUUACACGUGUGACGCCAGAGACGAGUGAGACCCAGAUUUUGGAGUCAUUUGAAGACUUGUCUCAAACUCCCGAGGAGCUGCAAUGGCAUCGAUCGGGGAGUUUGAUCCGUUAAACAGCAGCGUACCUGCCACCAAAAUAGAGAUCACCGUCUCGUGCAGGAGUUUGCUGGAUGUUGAUACAUUCUCAAGGUCAGCACCAGUGGUUGUGUUGUAUGUUCAAGGAAUUGGUACUAAAGAGUGGAGAGAGUUUGGACGAACAGAAGUGAUUGACAACACUCUCAACCCAGACUUUGUGAGGAAGUUUGUCUUGGAUUACUUCUUUGAAGAAAAGCAGAACCUUCGGUUUGACGUAUACAAUGUGGACUCUAGAAGCUCAAACAUCUCAAAACAUAAGUCCUUCCUCGGCCAGACGUUCUGCACUCUAGGAGAGAUUAUUGGGUCCUCUGGGUCAAGACUCGAGCGGGUGCUUUCGGGCAUUCCGGGGAAGAAAUGCGGGAACAUUAUCUUCACAGCUGAGGAACUCAGCAAUUGCCGGGACAUUGCGACCAUGCAACUCUGUGCUAACAAGUUGGAUAAAAAGGAUUUCUUCGGGAAGUCUGACCCCUUCCUGGUGUUUUACCGCAGCAAUGAAGACGGCACGUUCACUAUCUGUCACAAAACAGAGGUGAUAAAGAAUACUUUGAACCCUGUGUGGCAGCCCUUCACCAUCCCAGUGCGAGCUCUCUGUAAUGGAGACUAUGACAGAACAGUGAAGAUUGAUGUUUAUGACUGGGACAGAGAUGGAAGUCAUGACUUCAUCGGCGAGUUUACGACCAGCUAUAGAGAGCUAUCUCGUGGACAGAGCCAAUUCAAUGUUUAUGAGGUUCUGAAUCCUAAGAAGAAAGGCAGGAAAAAGAAAUACGUCAACUCUGGCACGGUAACACUUUUGUCCUUCAAAGUGGAAUCGGAGUACACAUUUGUGGACUUCAUUCGGGGCGGAACACAGCUGAACUUCACUGUAGCAAUAGACUUCACCGCGUCUAACGGAAACCCAUCACAGCCGACAUCGCUCCACUACAUGAACCCGUAUCAGCUGAACGCGUACGCCAUGGCCCUUAAAGCCGUUGGGGAAAUCGUCCAGGAUUAUGACAGUGACAAACUCUUCCCUGCCUACGGCUUCGGAGCUAAACUCCCUCCUGAUGGCAAGAUCUCUCAUGCUUUUCCCCUGAACUCCGACUGUGAGAAUGCAAACUGCGUCGGCAUCGAAGGCGUGCUGGAGGCGUACUAUGACUGUCUUCGUAAAGUGCAGCUCUAUGGCCCCACCAACUUUGCUCCUGUCAUCAACCAGGUGGCACAGUGUGCGGCAGAGGUGACAGAUGGCUCUCAGUACUUUGUGUUGCUGAUCAUCACAGACGGUGUCAUUUCCGACAUGGUGCAGACUAGAGAAGCUGUGGUCACCGCGGCGUCCCUUCCCAUGUCAAUCAUAAUUGUGGGAGUCGGCCCCGCUGAAUUUGAUGCUAUGGAAGAGUUGGAUGGAGAUGAGGUCAGGGUGUCCUCCAGGGGACGUGUUGCUGAGAGAGACAUUGUCCAGUUUGUGCCGUUCCGGGACUACAUUGACCGAUCCGGGAACCAGGUGCUCAGCAUGGCUCGACUGGCCAAAGAUGUCCUUGCCGAGAUCCCUGACCAGCUGCUGUCGUUCAUGAAGAGCAGAGGCAUUGAACCCAGACCAGCCCUCUCCCCCUCUCCUACACCACAGAUAAACGUCCACCUCUGAUCCUAGAGCAGUAUUUUAUCCUCUCCCUCAAACAGCUCUAUGUUCACGUCUGAACCCCCCCGGGUCCGUCACUGGGGAUGCACAUUUUUACUUUCCACAUCGGUUAGCAGUAGCACAUUAUGUAGUUACAAUAAUAAUCAACUGAAAUCAGGAACAUGUUAAUAUAAGUGUGUGGUGUUAUACUUUAUAAUCAGCCAGUGAUCAUUCAAAGCAGUUUGUGCUUGUCUGGAAUGGAAGAUGUGGAAGUAAAUAGAGGGUGAAUUUUUGGAAAGAAAUGUCUGGAUCAUUUUUCAACCUCUAAAUCAACCUCUAAUAUCUAAAGAUGAGAAAAACAAUGCAAUUUCAACAAUUCACAGAAUUUACAUAAAAUAAAUGGAGCCAAUAUUAUUGCAUUGGGACAUUUAUUUUCUCUAAAAUCUCGUUACCCUAAACUCAUUUGCUGAAAUUAUAUUGUACAUUUAUAAAUGCAAUAAUAAGUGGACUAAUGACAAUUUGAGGAGAAACGUACUUAAUUGUCACUAUGCAGAAA